GUAAAAAUGAAUCAAUUAAAAUUCGUUAAUUCAAAUCGUGGAAAAGCUGCAGCCAUUUUCCAAAAGUAUUUUUAUACAGAAAGGAAAAUUCUGAAAAAUGGUGAGAUUAUAUUUAUGUGUCCAAAAAAAGAUUGCUAUGCCUCAAUAAAAAUUGAUGAACACCGAAGUACGGUGUUAGAAAUACGCGGAGAACACACACGCCAUCUCCAAUUGACGGAUUCGGAGAUAGAAAAACACGAAAUUAAAAACACCGUAAAGAGGAAAGCUACUGAAGAAAUAUCAACAAGACCUAACAAAAUUAUACGGAAAGCAAUAUCCGAAGCAGAUCAUGUGACGCUUAAUGAUAUUUCCAACUACAGACAACAUAUAUAUAGAAAACGAAGGAAGGUUUUACCAGUAUUGCCGAAAUCAUAUGAUGAAGCUAUUUCGCAAUUAAUUUCUCAGGAAACUAUUUUAACUUUUAAAAAAGAACAAUUUCUUUAUAUCAAUGAUAAUAAAGUUGUAUCUUUAACUUGUAAAACCAAUUUAAAAACUUUAUGUGACAAUUCAGAACUCAUUCUAGCAGACGGAACCUUCAGAUAUUGUCCAAGAUAUUUUUAUCAACUGUACACGAUCCAUAUUUAUAAAAACGGGCUAUACUUACCCUUAGCUUAUUAUUUUUUAACCGGAAAAACAACAAACGAUUAUAUUGAAAUGUGGCAAUCUUUAAUCAAUUUAUGUAAUUCGAAUAACUUAGUAUUCGAACCAAAAUCCAUCAGAGUGGAUUUCGAAAAGAGUGCACAUUUAGCAAUUCAGCACUGUUUUCCACUAUGUGAUAUAUAUGGUUGCCGAUUCCAUCUAGGACAGGCUUGGUAUAGAAAGCUUAAUCAAGAUUUCCCAGCUCUAAGAAAUGAAUAUAAAGCUAAUACUGAAGUCGGAAAAUGGAUUAAAUAUUUCUUUGGUCUAUCUUUUAUUUCCCCUGAAGAAGUUUCUGAUCAGUUUUGUGAGUUGAUCGAAAUCGCUCCAAAUAGUGACGUAUUACAUUUUAGUGAUUACAUAUAUGACAAUUAUAUUCAAGAAAAUUGUUUAUUUCCACCAGAGAUGUGGGCAGAAAUUCCAUCAACUUUACCUAAAACUACCAAUGGACCUGAGGCAUUUCAUUCGCAUUAUAAUGCACAAUUUUACAGUACUCAUCCUUCAAUUUGGAAAGUAAUAGAAACGUUGAAGGAAAUACAGACAGAGACGUAUGUUAAAAUUAAAGAUAUUUCUGGUGGUAUCAAUCAUUUACAACGGGCUCCUGAACGUCAAAAACUUGAAUAUAUUCAAAAACAUUGGCUUAAGUAUACUACCGGUGAAAUAAGCAGGUUUCAUUUUGUAAGAAUAAUGGGACAUUACAAUAUACCAAGUAUUUAUUUAUAAUA